ACGAAAUUAAGAAAAUUGGUUAUAAUUUAAUUAACAUAUUACAAAUAACACAAUGUAACAAAUGUGCACGUACAAAAAUGCUCAAAAGUAUUUCUAGCUUAAAUGUCAUAAGUUAGUUUGUCAACAUAUACCUACGGUUGUUGCAAUAAUAAUAUAAAACAGUGAACCCCCCACAGGAAUUGAUUUCAUUGAAACCCCCUGGAUAACUACUCUUCUUCAGUAUGAGGAGACCGAGUUUGUUUAAAACUUUCACUUUGCUAUGCUUUAUUAUUGUGGUCGUUUAUAUUUUUUCUGUAAAUAAUAGGACAGCUAAAAUUUCAAACAAUGAACUUAAAACAGACUUUUCACUACCUCCGCCACAACCUGUAUCGCAGAAAACUGUCGAGAAUACUAUAACAAUAUCGUUUGUUGUUUGUGACUCAAGAUUCAAUGAAUCCCUCAACGUCGUGAAGUCAGUCCUACUGUUUACCAAAUCUCCAGUCCGUUUUAUAAUAUUUAGUGAUGAAAACCUUAAAAAUAAGUUCGAAGACACUCUGAAAGCAUGGCAGAAACUUGCAAGAUACCGUUUGACUUAUGAAAUACAUGACAUAAAAUUUCCCAAAGCCCAUGAAAAAGAUUGGCUGAAUUUAUUUAGCAAAUGUGCUGCUCAAAGAUUGUUCAUACCAGAUCUAGUCCCACACAUAGACACCAUGAUAUAUGUUGACACUGACACACUGUUUUUGGGACCAGCGGAGGUCCUGUGGCAGAAGUUUACAGAGUUCAACAGCUCACAAAUAUCUGCCAUGGCCCUCGAAGACGACAACCCUAAUGUGUCGUGGUAUCCACGUUUUGCUAAACAUCCUUUUUAUGGACAAUAUGGCUUAAACUCAGGAGUGAUGCUCAUGAAUCUAACAAGAAUGAGAAACUUUGGUUGGGUGGACUAUGUGACUCCAAUAAUGCUCAAGUGGAAGCUUUAUAUACCUUGGGGAGAUCAGGACAUAAUCAAUAUAAUAUUUCACUACCACCCGGGCGCGGUGCGGGUGCUGUCGUGCCGCCACAACUACCGGCCCGACCAGUGCAUGUACGGGGACGCGUGCGCGCGCGCCGCCGCCGGCGUCAGCGUGCUGCACGCCAGCCGCCGCGCCGCGCACAACAACAAGCAGCCCGCUUUUCAGGCAAUCUACCGGGCGAUAGACGAGUACGAGAUCGGCGGUGACCCGCGCCAAGUGGUGCUCAACAUGGAUAAGUAUCUGACAGCCGCCCCGGACUCCUACUGCGGGAACAUGAAGGACGCCUUCCUGAAACUGCCGCUGCAGAUACUGACGCCCGAUGUUAGGUAGCCAGUGGCGUAGCUAAGGCCGGUAGGGGGUGUAUUUUAUCGCCCAACUUAUUACUAUGGCCGCCAUGGAUAGGAAAUCUAUCGACAGCGGCAAUCGAUAGAUUUCCUAUCAGAAUCUACCGUGUCAUCGUAGCUGGCUGCUGAUAAUUAGGCAUAUAAAACGAUAACUUAUUCUUUAAGAAUCUUUGAAGUGUUCUAGUGCUCCCUAGAUGGUAAUUCAGCAUGACAUGCAUCUACGUGACAGUAUUAAUUGUUGCAUGACAUGCCGAUCGCGAAACGAUCAUGCACAUAUUGCAGGUCAAUCAAUGUAUAGCACGUAGUUUGCAUGUCAUUCACAUCAAUCAAUGCAAUAAACGAUCAUGCGUGCAUGUCAGCACGUAACGCAUGUAAUGCUGAAUUAUCGUCUAUUUUGUGCUUUAGAUCUGAUAUGGAAAAAGUCUCAGCAAACUAUAGUAUGGUUUAUAUGAAAACAUUAAUAUACCAAUUGGUCGCGCUUUUUUAACAUAUAAAUUGUACUAAACAAUCAAUUUAUAUUAUAAUAAUCUACUAUAUAUCUAUUUCAGUGACGUAACUAUAACAUGCGGGGCCCGUGGCAAAUUGAUGUGGCCUUGUCACCUGUGAGUAAAAA